AUGAAGCGCACCUCUCUACCGCCUGCCAACACCGCAUCAGUCACCGCCGAACCACCCGCAAAGCGACCCGCCAUGUCGACCACUUCCUCCUCCUCGCCCGCCUCCUUCCUCGUCCAGCGCCUGUCUGACAGCGCAAAAGUGCCCACUCGAGGCUCUGCAUCCGCCGCGGGAUACGACCUGUACUCCGCGGAGGACAAGACUGUCCCCGCGCAGGGAAAGGCGCUUAUCAGUACUGGACUUGCCAUCGCCGUGCCUGAGGGGACGUACGGACGAGUCGCGCCUCGGAGCGGUCUCGCGAGCAAGCACAUGAUUGACACCGGCGCAGGCGUGAUCGACGCCGACUACCGCGGCGAAGUCAAGGUCCUGCUCUUCAACCACGCGAAAGAAGACUUCCAGAGCGACCGCAUCGCCCAACUGAUACUCGAACGCAUCGUCACCCCCGAACCUAUCGAAGUCUCCUCCCUUACCGAGACUGCGCGCGGCGCAGGCGGGUUUGGCUCGACCGGCGGGUUUGGGGUCAGUGAGAAGGUGCUGGAGGCGGCCAAGGUGUUGGAGGCGGAGAAGGAGGCUGCGGCGAGUUCGAACUAG